GGCGCCGGCCACCGGUCCAAGGACAGAACCAUGAAGACCCUCGUGUGCAGCAUCGGCAUCACCCUGGUGGCGGUGGGCCUGUCGGCGCUGGUGAGCGCCCAGGCGCCGGCGGCCGACCCCAAGCUGGAGGAAGUGAUCGCCAAGCUGCCCACCCCGGGCAGUGGCCAGGUCUUCGUGCGCACCAUCCCGGCCGACGUGCUCAGGGACUACCCCGGCCGCUGCUUCUCGUACAACAACUACGAGUUCUAUAACGUCAACGACACGUGGAACAUCAACGGCGUAUGUGCCAUGGCCGAGUGCAUGGCACUGCCCAUCAACCAGGACGGUCAGCUCGGCCUCUUCGAGCAGGUGUUCGACUGUGGCCCCAGCGUGGUAAAGACGGUCAAGGAGUGCACCUACACGCGCGAGGCGGACCUCACCAAGAAGUUCCCCGACUGCUGCCCCACCUUCACCUGCACGGACGGCUUUGACGCGCGUGACCUGCUGCGGCCCGCCGUCCGGUCGGCAGGCGAGGGCGCUGCCGCCGCCGACGCCGAGCAGCCGGCCGAUGCGCCCGCCCAGUGAUCACACACACUCCGUCCGUCUUCUUCCCUCCGCUCCCUCCGUUUUCUCCCCUCGCGCCCCGUGUGCGAGCCCUCAGUAUUGUAGGUCGACCUGUGCUCCGUGCGUGUAGGUCGGCUUGUGCUCCGUGCGCGCUCCGAGCCGCGGCGAUGACAGGCCGCCGCGCUCCGACACACCUACCAAAUAUUGCCGAGCUGUCGGCGACCGACAUGUAAACACGAGACAAUACACUAUUUAUGUAGA